AUGGCAUCGAUGAUUAAUAAACCAUUUCCAGAUUCUUCAAGAAACGAUAGUGGAUUAGCAUUUGUUCGAAUAGGAGAUGGAGAUAUGAUGUUAAUGUUUGGUAUUGCAUUUGGAUAUCAUCCACAUGAUAAAACAUCUUGGCGAGGAGGAAAAUCAAAACUGGGUCAAGAUUUACGAACUGGUUUAGCUUUUCCAAAAUAUCAAUAUAAUUCAAAUAGUCCAUUUUAUUAUGGAAUUUAUGAUGUAAAAAGGAUUUGUCCCUUUCAUGAUUUCCUUACAAUGAUUCAUCAAGAUAUCAAAUAUCUUACAUAUGCGAAUUUAUUCGUCAAUUCAAAUUAUCCUGCUACAAAAAUCUUAUUCCGUUCAUUAAUUGAAGAUCAAAAGGGAAAAAUAGUUCUGAUUAUCAAUAAUGGUACGAACCCUGCAAAACUAGCUGAAUUAAGCAAAUGGGCAUGUGAAAUACUAUUAUAUCCGGAUAACGGACCUUCUAUGUGGGAAGAUAUCAAACUACGAGAACAAGCGAUUGCCAAAAUUACAGAAACAGCAAAACGAUAUAACAAUCGUCUUUUUGCAUUUUCAGUUGGUUAUUUAACUCGAGUUCUGAUCCAUUAUGCAUGGCAAGAAAAUCCCUAUAAUCGUUACAUAGACUUUGGUUCUGCAUUAGAUGAAAUAACUAAAAACAAGACUACUCGUCCAUAUCAAUCAAAUCCAGGUUAUUAUGCUGAUCCAACUUAUAUACUUCAUUACAAAACGACUGGACAAAAGUUUGAUAUAACAGUUUCAAACUAA